AAAGCUGAUGAAAUUACAAUCAGAGAAAUACAAAAAAAUUGGAUCCUUCAUAAUAUUUCAUAAACUUGAACUUGGAAAAAAAAAAAAACAAAAAAAUGGCUUCAAAGUUGAACCCAGCGUAUGCGUAUACAGUUUUGUAUGUGAAAGACGUUGAAAAGGCCGUUGCAUUUUAUUCCAAAGCUUUUGGCAUCAACGUUCGCCGUUUAGACAAUUCUCGCAGAUGGGGAGAGUUGGAGAGUGGACAGACCACAAUAGCAUUCACCCCAAUUCAUCAACAUGAGACCGAUGAAGUCACAGGUGAGGUCCAUACAUUUCAAUCCAAACGUGAACGAGGUCCAAUCGAGGUGUGCUUCGAUUACGCCGAUGUGGAUGCUGCUUACAAGAGGGCUUUGGAGAAUGGUGCAGAAGCAGUGAGUCCACCUGAACAAAAGGAAUGGAACCAGAAGGUUGGAUACGUUCGUGAUAUCGAUGGCAUGGUUGUUAGGCUUGGCAGCAAUGUCACUCCCCAGAAGCAUUAGAUAGAUGGCAUGUAUAGUGUUAGUUUAUGUAGCGGUACGGUAAACUGCAAGAAUUUACCACCUUGAGGAAAUAAAUGUCACUCACCCGAAACAUUAGAUAGAUGACACAUAUGAUGUUAGUUUAUGUAACGGUAUGGUAAACCGCAAAAAAUUUAUGUAAUAGCUAAAAAAUAACUAGAAAAUAAAUGUAUAUGUAUGCACUUCUUUUGUCCUUAAUCCUUAUAUAAUGGUAAUUAAUGGACUAAUGGUAG